GAAGUACUUGAUCAAAGAACAUAUUUUCAUUUUAGAAAUAUUUGUUUCAACCUUAUAAUUGUUUUAAUCUUUUUGAGUAAAACUCUCAAAUAUAAACACAGCAGAUUUUGUUAUUAAUUAGUAGUGAUAGUUGAUAGUGAUAAGGAGAAACUGAGGUAGAAAACGAUGCUGGCUAAAAUUUUCAUUGUCUUAUUUUUGACAGGUUUAUUGAAUACAGUGUCCAGUGAUGAUUCUCUGAUCCUUUAAAGAACCAUUGAAAACUACAGAUAACUGGACAGCUGUUUCUCCCUAUCCUGGAACACGUCAACAAUAUGGACCAACUUUUGACCCCACAGGGAAUCGAGCCCAGAGUUCUUAUUUCACUAAGUGAUACAGUUGAUCAUUCAGCCACUGAGAUGGAAUCUGAUUUUAUCUAUGGAUUCUAACUUCUGUCAAUCAGAGAGAUGUGUAGCGACACCACCAGCCAGUGUCAUCGGCGAGUAACUGACCUCUCACCUGAUUUGGUGAACCCCAGUAGUUACGACUACUCACAACAACUCCAGGCAACUACAUUCUGUAGUCAGUCAUCAGUGAGCAUAUACAUAUAUAUAAACUUGUCACUGGCUAGAUUGCACGACAGUAUUAACUGAUGAUAUUGUGUCUAUUUAUUUUUCAGGAAUACCAAAAUGAAGUAAACAAAAAUGGAUAUGUCACGUUUUGUGAAUUAUGUGUCACAAAUGUACGUCGUAUUCGAUCGGCACUAUUGCACGACUACGUAAGAGAAAUGAUGGCCAAACUGUUGAGUGUCACAUGCAGUUUCAUACCUUAUCGUAAACCACGUGCAAAGUGUAAAGCCUUCUUCAAUGGUCCAUUCCAAGAGAAACUGCAUGAUUUCGCUAUGAAUAUGAGUGUUAAUGAGCCAUGCAGAUACAUCGGAGUAUGUCUUACUGAACAAAAUGAAAUGAUGACUGAAGAUGUUUCAUCUUUUGACAGUGCCAUGCUGCAGAUAUUCAAUACACUCAAAGAACACUUGAAAUUCACAGUCACACAAGAAUACAUCCAAGAGACAAUCGAACAAAUUUGCUCUUCUGAUAAACAAUGCUUCAAAACAUUUGAAAAGUAUGCGAAUACUUUAAUGGAAGUUUUUCACUAAAUUUUAAAUGAAUACGCUACAGUUAACACAAAGAAUUACCUUAAAUAUCUUCUGCUUUAUGUUAAUCCUUAUUUACUUUUUGUAAUGUUAAUAAUAUUUUAUUCAGAUGAAUAAUAUUACUAAUACGAAAUAAAAAUUGAGUUUUAUUCUCUAAUAUUUCUUG